CGGUACAAAAUGUAGUUCAAGGCUGGGCUUGACAGAUAAGAAAGGCACUUGGCACUGACGCUGUGCAUGAUAAUUUGUGACAACAAGUCGGUGUAUAUCAGCGGUUUUAACGUUUAACGGGAACUUUUAGCAUAUAUCGCACAAACAUGAGUGGGGACGCUCCUAUUGAUACAGAACCGAUUACUCUGACGCGGUAUGUGCUAGCCGAGCAGAAAAAGCACCCAGAUGCCACAGGCGACUUCACACAGCUGAUCAACUUUAUUCAGACGGCCGUGAAAGCUGUGUCCUCGGCCGUGAGGAAAGCUGGUAUACAUAAACUAUAUGGAAUCUCAGGAUCAACCAAUGUUACGGGAGACGAGGUUAAAAAGCUGGAUGUCCUGUCCAAUGAUUUGUUUAUCAACCUUCUCAAAUCCUCUUAUCUCACCUGUCUACUGGUAUCGGAAGAGAACGACAAGGCCAUCAUCGUGGAAACAGAAAAGCAGGGAAAGUACAUCGUGGCCUUCGACCCCUUGGAUGGAUCAUCCAACAUUGACUGUUUAGUAUCCAUUGGAUCCAUUUUCUCCAUUUACAGAAAGAUUAGAACUGAUGAGGACGACUCACCUGUUACCGAGGCUGAUGCUCUAAAACCUGGAAACCAACUGGUUGCUGCAGGCUACGCACUGUAUGGUAGCGCCACCAUGAUCGUUCUGUCUACAGGAAAUAACAGUGUCAAUGGAUUCAUGUUAGAUCCUGCUAUUGGAGAGUUCAUCCUUACCAACCGUAACAUCAGAAUCAAACCAAGAGGCAAGAUCUUCUCCAUCAACGAAGGGUAUGCCAAGUUCUGGGACGAGCCUACAACCAAGUAUGUCCAGAGGAAGAAGUUCCCAGAGAAUGGUAAGCCUUAUGGAGCUCGGUACAUCGGAUCCAUGGUAGCAGACGUUCACAGAACACUGGUGUAUGGGGGAAUAUUUAUGUACCCAGCAACCUCCGAGGCUCCACAGGGAAAGCUGCGACUGUUGUACGAGAGUAACCCGAUGGCUUUCAUCAUAGAGCAAGCCGGAGGUUUGGCCAUUACAGAUAAAAAGAGGAUCCUGGACAUACAACCGACCUCCAUUCACGAAAGGUGUCCAGUCUUCAUGGGGUCUAAGGAGGACGUCCAGGAAGUGGCAGACCUCUAUAAUAUUCAACUUGCUUAGACUAACAGUGACAAAUUUAAACUGAUCCACAUGCACACCACUUUGACCCUUUCACCCCUCACUCACCUCUACCAUGCAUUGAUCUGGAUGAGUCCAUUAUGGUCUACAGUGGUGAAAGGGAAAUGUAUUUCAGACAGUGUAGGCUGGUUGCUGUACAGUGGAAGUACGUGGAUCUAGCUAAGAUUAGGGGACAAGAAAUAUGUAUCUCGGGAUAGAGAGGGUAAUUAUAAUGUGAAAAUAUCAAUUUGUCAACCCUGAAAAUGGUACAGUACUAAUUAGGUUGACUUAGAGUUAUAUUAUAAUUGUUGAUUGAGUAAUAGUAGCUAGGAAAUAUAAUAGUUUGGGUUUUUAUAAUUUAAAAAGGGUACUCAUUUAGUUUGGGUAAAUGUAUGAUGUUAGGGUGUAGCUUUAGGGCAGUACGAAUAAUAAUGAAAGUUUUUUUUUGUAGAUAUCCCGGGUUUAAUAGUUAAGCUUUAGUGUAUGGGUACAUUCCUGACUACAGAUGUACAUGCAUUAGUCCGUAUGGUGAUGAAAGGGUUGAUGAAUGUAUCCCUUGCAAUAUGUUCAUCUGUUAGGCUAACACCACCUGACUAACACAUACUUUACAUAGAUAGACAAAAACCAAUUUAUUGGUACUUAA